CAUCCCUGCCCCUGCACCGGGCUCCAUCUCCCAGCAGAAGGCGCAGCCAUGAAUCCGUUAUUCGGGCCCAACCUCUUCCUCCUACAGCAGGAGCAGCAGGGCCUGGCCGGGCCGCCGGGGGACCCUCUGGGAGGCGACCGCUUCGCGGGGGGUGGGGACGCGUCCCCAUCGCCGCGCGCCCCUCCGGGCCCGGCUGCCUACUCGCCGCCCGGGCCGGGCCCCGCGCCCCCCGCCGCCAUGGCCCUCCGCAACGACCUGGGCUCCAACAUCAACGUGCUCAAGACCCUGAACCUCCGCUUCCGCUGCUUCCUGGCCAAGGUGCACGAGCUGGAGCGCCGCAACCGGCUGCUGGAGAAGCAGCUGCAGCAGGCGCUGGAGGAGGGCAAGCAGGGCCGGCGGGGCCCGGCGCGCCGCGACCAGGCCGUGCAGACCGGCUUCGUCAGCCCCAUCCGGCCCCUGGGGCUGCCCCUGGGCGCCCGGCCGGCCGCUGUCUGCACCCCGUCGGCACGGGUGCUGGGCUCGCCCGCGCGCUCGCCCGCCGGCCCCCUCGCGCCCGCCGCCGCCGCCGCCGCCUGCCACUCCGCGCCCUCCGCCUCCACCUCCGCCGCCUUCUCCUCGUCCGCCCGCUUCAUGCCUGGCACCAUCUGGUCCUUCUCCCACGCCCGCCGGCUCGGCCCGGGACUGGAGCCUAUGCUGGUGCAGGGGCCUGGCCUGUCGUGGGUGCACCCCGACGGGGUGGGCGUCCAGAUCGACACCAUCACCCCCGAGAUCCGCGCCCUCUACAACGUGCUGGCCAAGGUGAAGCGCGAGCGGGACGAGUACAAGCGGAGGUGGGAAGAGGAGUACACGGUGCGGAUGCAGCUGCAACAGCGAGUGCAUGAGCUCCAGGAGGAAGCCCAGGAGGCUGACGCCUGCCAGGAGGAGCUGGCGCUGAAGGUGCAGCAGUUGAAAGCUGAGCUAGUGGUCUUCAAAGGGCUUAUGAGCAACAACCUGACUGAGCUGGACACGAAGAUCCAGGAGAAGGCCAUGAAGGUGGACAUGGACAUCUGCCGCCGCAUCGACAUCACCGCCAAGCUCUGCGAUGUGGCUCAGCAGCGCAACUGUGAGGACAUGAUCCAGAUGUUCCAGUCUCUGCACUUGUCUCCCAUUAAGGUCCCAUCCAUGGGGGGGCGGAAGCGGGAGCGCAAGGCUGCCACCGAGGAGGACCCCUCCCUGUCGGAGAGUGACGGGCCCCGCCAGCCCCAGGGGGAUGAGGAGGAGAGCACAGCCCUCAGCAUCAACGAGGAGAUGCAGCGCAUGCUCAACCAGCUGAGGGAGUAUGAUUUUGAGGACGACUGUGACAGCCUGACUUGGGAGGAGACUGAGGAGACCCUGCUGCUGUGGGAGGAUUUCUCAGGCUAUGCCAUGGCAGCGGCAGAGGCCCAGGGAGAGCAACAGGAAGACAGUUUGGAGAAGGUGAUUAAAGAUACCGAGUCCCUGUUCAAAACCCGGGAGAAAGAGUAUCAGGAAACCAUUGACCAGAUAGAGCUGGAGCUCGCCACGGCCAAGAACGACAUGAACCGGCACCUGCACGAGUACAUGGAGAUGUGCAGCAUGAAGCGGGGCCUGGACGUGCAGAUGGAGACCUGCCGCCGGCUCAUCACCCAGUCUGGGGACCGAAAGUCUCCUGCUUUCCCUGCGGUCCCGCUUAGCGACCCGCCGCCGCCGCCUAGCGAGACUGAGGACUCCGAUCGAGACGUCUCAUCUGAUAGCUCCCUGAGAUAGGGACCUGCCUCUGGUCCCCCCAUGGGAACGCACCUCCUCGCAUCUCCUCGCAGAGUCGGGGUUCGCAGAAGGGAACUUCCUUUGUCCCGGCUGCACCAAGCCUGGCCCCGGGACAGGGCCGCUCCUCCCUUGGGCUUCCUCCCUCCGUCCGUGGCCUCUCCAGGUUCUAGGGUCUGGAGCAAGGCUUGGCCUGCCCUUCCCAGGCGACUCCUGCCACAGCUGGGGCUCUCCUGGCCUCACGCGUGGUCGUCUGCUCCUCCCCAUCUUUAAAAUGCUGCCAGUGCGACUGUGGUGGCCCCACAACUUCUCCAGCGAAUAAGGAGUGUGAUAGUCAGAUCCCCCCCACCCCGUGGCCUCGCGCCAGCUCACGUCGGAUUCUGUCCUGGUGCUAACGGGCCCAGGCACUGGUACCAGUGGGUCAGGCUGGACGUCCCGGGCGUGUGCGACACCGGCAGUGGGAGAGGGGUCCCUCCGUGUGGCAGGACAGGGCGCGAAGUCCUCCCUCCGUUGUCCAAGUGCUCCGGUCACCUGCCCGUGGACAGUAAGGACGUGGCAUGACCCCUCCCUCAUGGAAAUGCCAUUUUGAAGGGGUCUCUGUGCCCCUUGUGUAGUGGCUCCUGGGUCUGACUGGGUGCAGUCUCAUGGAGGACAGAAGCUCUGGUCUCCCAGCCACUGCUGAGUGACAGAAAGGGGAAGCCACAGAUGUGUGUGUGUGCUCAGGGUCUCGGUGUCAGGCUCAGCGGACGUGCCCCCUCCGUGUCUGUCACACAGAGACCGACAGGCCGAGGAAGGUGUCAACUGGGGAGACGGGAUUGAGGCCUUAGCUAACGGCCGGGGAGCUGUGCCGAGCUGACAUGUGAAUGGAAUCUUUAUUAAGAAUGAAACUGGAGUAUUUAUUGAAUGCCUGGCGUCACUGAUUGAGUCCCUUUCUGGUGGUAGCUGCACAAUCCUGCGAAGUACGUGCUGGUUUCAUCGCCAUUUCAACAGCAGGCGCAGAGGCACCUGACGGUUAUUAAGUUCUAAGUAACUUGCCCUAAGUAAGCCUCAGGUGGCAAAACCAGGGUCUCCCAGGUGCAGGCACUGUGUCCACGUGCCUCACCCGCCCUUCCCAAUUUAGUCAAGGGUCCUUACUGUGUACCAGGUGAGGUUCUAACAGAUCGGGUUGGGGUAUGGCGAGGAAAAGGUCUGGUCCUCGAAGUGGGGGUGCACCCAGAGGCCUUGGAGGGGAAACGGCCAGAGAGAAUACAUGUCCCUCCCCAGUGACGCCCGGGCACACACUUGGUAAGGGGGUGAGGGAUGCUUCGGUCACACCAGCUCUCAAUCCACCACCGAGGCUGUGCCUGGUUGGGGUGAGCAAGACCCUUUGCUACUCUGAACAAGAGCUGUUUCACCUUAGUCCCAGCCCCGGUACCUUCCCCUUCACCCUAGACCCUGAAAUAAGAUAAAUACGCAGAGUUGGCUGGGUGCAGUGAACUUUAUUGAUGGUGCACGACAAAGCAGGGCUCCCUAGGCCCCUCCCCUUCUCCAGGGGGUCUGGGAUGGAAACGGUGGUCAGGAGAUUCUCAGUGUGUCAGGGGUUCGAUCUGGGGCGGGGACUCCCCAGCAGCGGAGGGCCUCUCUUCCUCUCGCU